CUGUACAUCUUCAAUGACGCAAGGAAAAGCCAUCGCGUGAUAGCGGAGUACAGCUUAGAAGCUUGAUUCUAUUAUAGAAUUCCUAUUUUAAUCUAAACCGCGAAGCUACCUCAUAACACCAUAGACAGUUUAAUCCAAAGAAAGUUAGGAUCAGUCUAGCAAUGUCGUCUCUUCACCACGUUCUCCUCCUCGGCGGUAGCGGCAAGGUUGCCCAGCUACUAACACCCUUACUCCUCCAACGAUCAUGGAACGUCACAAGCAUCAUCCACGACCCCGCACGAGUCGAGAGCUUGCAGAAGCUCGGACAAGGCCAGAACGGGAAGCUAAACGUUUUGGUCCGUAGCUUGGAAGAAGUCGCAAGCGAAGCCCAGGCCAAGAGCAUCAUAGACGAAGUAAAGCCAGACUACGUGGUCUGGAGUGCUGGUGCCGCGGGGAAAGGAGGGCCGGAGAGGACGUUCAAGAUUGACCGCGAUGCCGCGAUCCACUUCAUCCGCGCAUCGGCUGCGACUUCAUCCAUCACUAAGUUUGUCAUGAUAUCGUAUCUAGGAUCUCGGCUGAACAAGGCGCCGUGGUGGCCCGAGGAGGUCUGGCAGGAGUGCGUCAAGAACAACAACGGCGCGUUGAAAACAUACUACCAGGCCAAGAUAGCAGCCGACCAGGUGUUGUACGAGGAGGGGAAGAAGAGGAAAGACUUCGCCGCGAUCGGUCUGCGCCCAGGCCUAUUAACCGCGGAACCGGCGGGCAGGGUCAAGCUCGGGAAGCUUUUCGAAUCGGGAACUGCGAGCCGCGCGUCUGUCGCGCAGGUGACUGCGUUGCUACUUGACAAUCCUAACGUCAAGAGUAGCUGGCUGGACCUUAUUGAUGGCGAUGAGGAUCCGGAAGUUGCCGUGAAACGUUGUGUCGAAGAAGGGGUGGAUGCCGCUGAAGGCGAGCCAUUUUAGUGAGGAAUGGCAUUCAUCGAAAACCUCUCAUGUGGUUCAAGAUUUAAUGGAAUGAAAACACGUCUACCUCUAGGUAGUAUUUAGUAUUGACUGGUAUAAUUACAAAGUAAUAGUCAUCCAGAUACAACAGCGAAAUCUGUUCUAUCCAUGUGAUAAAUUUUA